ACUUUGGGCUGCGUGGAACAUGGCGGAGCUGGAGCUAGGGCAGCACUGCGGGGUGGCGGAUUGCAGACAACUUGAUUUUCUCCCCUUUGUAUGUGAUGGCUGUUCAGGCAUCUUUUGCCUUCAGCACAGAAGCCGGGAUGCUCAUGGGUGUUCUGAGGUGAAUAUAAGAAACAAUUGUAUGAAACCAGAUCAGCACAGAUCUUACCCAUGCUCAUACAAGGACUGUAAUGGAAAGGAGCUUUUGCCAGUUUUAUGUCCUUACUGUGAAAAACAUUUUUGUCUAAGACAUCGGCAUCAGUCAGACCAUGAAUGUGAGAAACUGGACACACCAAAACCUCAAAUGGCUGCCACACAGCGGCUAGUUAAAAGUAUUGUAGAUUCUAAAAAAAGUGAGGAAGCAAAAAGCAAAAAAUGCAGAGGACCGAAAAACAGUGCAACAGCAGCAAAAGUGGCAUUAAUGAAGCUGAAAAUGCAUGCGUGUGGGGACAAGUCCUUGCCUCAGACAGAAAGAAUUUAUUUUCAAGUAUUUUUGCCAAAGGGAAACAAAGAGAAAAGCAAGCCCAUGUUCUUCUGCAGUAAGUGGAGUAUUGGCAAAGUAGUAGAUUUUGCAGCUUCCUUAACAAGCCUUAAAAAUGACAACAACAAACCAACAUCCCAGAAAUUGAGAUUAUGCCAUGCUGCCUCUGGAGAAGCCUUGCCAUUUGAGCACACAUUGGAAACAUGGCUAUCUGAUAAAGACUAUCCAUUGUACAAUGGCGGAAAUAUAAUUUUGGAGUAUCUUAAUAAUGAUGUUCUAUCUAUAGAAGAUACAGAGUCAUACUUUAGUUAAUCAGUAAAUUAUCACAAACAAAGAUUUUUUAGUUUUUAUUUUUUUUAGAAAUGUGGUAUUUAACAAAACCAAGUCCAGUUUUAUUCUAAAGUCACUGGUGUGCCAGGGUCUGUCCUCAGUUGUAAAGACAGACUUCCCAUCAAUUUCUCAAUUUUUUGACUGUCACAAGAGCUAUGUCCUGAAAGGAAAAUUAGUUAUAUUAUUAACUAAUAUCACAAAUACUCACUUUCUAUAAUAAAUUCUUGCUUUAUUUAGCUGUA